AAGAGAACCUGGAAAGUUUAAAAGCCUACCUGAUCCCCAGGUUCCAGAAGACAUCUUACAAGAAUAUUUUAUUAGCGAAUGCAAAACAUUCCAACCCGACUUUGUAUUCAUUGCAAAAGGGGAUCCUCUAAAUGCAUUACAUAUCGCCAUUGGCGAAAUAAGAAAACGGUCAGGAGUUGAUUUUGCAAAUGCCAAUGUAGGACAUGUAGUGUCAUUUGGUGAAAAGGUACUCCAACUUCAGCCAAGGAGAGCCAAUGUAUACAUGGUGUUGACAGAUUGCAGAGUUAUUUGUAUCUACAAGCCAAGGGUACCCCUUCAAAGAGGGUGGAAAUACCUUGUGACCAUUACGGAAUGCUCUAAGAAACAGCUUGGAUGGAUCGAUCCAUCUCUCUCCUUCGGUUUAGAAACUGUAAGACUAAUUCAACCGAUCAGUGCAGAAAGGACUAACAUCGGAAAAAAGCGCACUGGAAGCUUUUUUGAGUUUGAAUUCACCUCAUCUUCAGACCCUCCUCCUUAUUGUGAGAAAGUAAAUAAUCUGCGAAAAGGGGAUAUCAGAAACAUCAUCAACACCCUCAAGGCCGUCCAUUUAAAAUACAAGCUUGUACACAUGGAUCUUCGAAAAUACAACUUUCUUCGUAAUGAUAAUGGAGACAUCGUGAUUAUUGAUUGGGGAUAUAGCGUAAUGGGAGACCAAACUGGGAAUUUUGCAGGUGCACUUGAAUGCAUGCCUGAUGAUGUCUUGACAUCAUUGGUCAACGGGGAACAACCAUCUUACAGUACCUGUCAAAAGUAUCCCCCCAAUAAUUUCCAAACAAUCACAUGCAUGACACUAUAA